AAGCCUCAGUGUGGUUGUAGAGAGUGGUGGGGAUGGACGGUUUGUGAACGUACGGGGAGCACUCGUGGCUAACUCGUUUUUGAAGACGUAUUAGAUAAAUUUUAAUAUAUUUUUAAUGAAUAUGGACACUAAAGAUUAUGACCAUGUGCGAAAUCUCACGUUACUAUUUUUCCUUGACCGGCUUAUGGACAAGGGUCAACCGAGGACGUUGCAUGACCUCAGCUGUCAAUUCGGAACUAAAGGGUUCACCAAAGAGAUGCGCCAGAUCGCUGGCGGAUCCCAGUCGGGACUGAGAAAGUUCCUUCAGCAAUAUCCGUCCUUGUUUACCCUCGAGGAUGAUUAUGUGUCCGUCACGAACUACAAUAAUGGCAUCUCGAACCCGCAUGAUCCGACGGGCAAACUCUUGGGGAAGCGCGACUACGCUCAGGAGGCUGUCGACUAUUUCGUCGGGAAACUCCGUCAGUAUGGUGCUGGUACAGAGGUCCCUAUCAAGUCUCUCUUGGGACACCGAUCCCAGGCAUCGCCCGAAGUGCGACAUGUCUCUGGGCAGCAUGUUAAGGAGUUUAGGGACUUCCUCAUAAAGUAUCCGGAUGUGUUUGUUGUAAAGGAAGAGACGGUUAUUCUGAAGGAAUACGAAGGUGUCGCCCCCCAGCCCUUUAAGGAACUCGAAAAACCAUAUGUUGAUCCGGCAUUGACACAGCAGGUGCUGCAGUAUUCUUCGGCGGCGCUGGUACGCGGACCCCUCAUCGUGGAGACGUUGUUCAACGGCAUGGCCAACGCUUUCCCGAAGGAGACGCUGUCGCAGAUCUGCCGGUCCAGCAAUGACCUGGCCACCUUCCUGAAGAUGCACUCGAACACGUUUUCCCUUCAGGCCAACAUGGUGCGCUUGGUGCACGCCCCCACGGCCAUUUCCAUCACGCCGCACCAGCCCGUUGAACAACCCAAGCAGCAGUACAUUUAUCAGCAGCAACAACCUGUGCAGCAGCAGCAGCAACAACCUCCGCCGUUGUUGCAACAGCAACAACAGCCUGUACAGCAGCAGCCGCUGCAACAACAGCCGCAGCCGCAACAGCAGAUCCAGCAACAGCAACAGAAUUAUUCCACCCCAGCGCCGACGGCGACGGCGCCCACAUCGGCGAGGGGCGCGCCGUCCCCCGACCGUGAGGAAGAGAACACAAGAGUGUCGCCGACCUCCCCCGGUUCCCCUGCCCGACCCCCUCACCACCACCUGCAGCAGCAACAACAGACGCUGAAGGCGCGAGUGAACUCCCUCCUUCGGAAGACUCUAGCGGACAAUAGCGAACGAGACCGAAUGACCUACAGCUGCAAUAGCGAAGGCGGCGUCGAAGGGGUGACCGGACGCCUCCUGAGGAACACGCGGGUGGUGGUGUCAGUCCGUGAAGCCAGGCAGCUGGUGAGCGCCAUUCUAGCGGCGAGGAACCCCGUCAGUUUUGACGGGGAGGGCGUUAACCUGGGCCCCACAGGGCCCAUGACCCUCCUACAGAUAGGCCUCGUCUCGGGGCAAAUAUACAUCUUCGACAUCCUCGUCGAACGAAACCUCAUGUACGAAGGUGGACUGAGAGAGCUCCUCGAGUCGACAGAUAUCGUUAAGGUGAGUUGUCAACUUCAUUGGACCAAAGCUGUUUGCAUCGGUAAGGCUUCGUUAGCUAACGAAAGUCCGAGUCAUUUUAAUCAAGACCUCUGCUUGCCUGGAUUAUAUUUGUGUUGCUCACGAUUGCCGAGGAGACUGGGCUGGGGCCCUCUUCCACCAGUUUGGCGUUACACUCAAAAUGUCUUUGAUACUCAGGCAGCGCAUACAGUAUUGCAGCAGCAGGAGACGGGGAAGCCUGUCUACAAGGUGAAGAACAUCUCCCUCAACACCCUCUGUCGCUCCUACGGUGCCCCCGUCAAUCCCAGAAAAGACCAGAUGAAGAACGUUUACCGACGAGAUCAAAGAUUUUGGGCGCGGCGUCCUUUGACGGAAGACAUGAUUGUGUAUGCAGCAUAUGAUGUGAUUGCCUUGGUUCCCACGGUACACGACGCAAUGAAAAGACAAUUAGAUCCCGGAUUGAUGCCACUAUUUGAAGAACUUUGCCGCGAACAAGUCGAGUCGAUGAUCCAGCCAGACGAAGUAAAACAGAAGAAGAAGCAGCGUAAAAUUGAAACCGAAGUUGCAGAGUUAAAAACAAAAUUAGCAACAACACAAGCGAGAGCUAUUGUUUUAUCCAAUAGGGAAAUCAGAUUACUCAGAUAUCUGGAAUUAAGUGAUGAAGAAAGAGAAAAGCUCGAGGGAUCUUACAAAGUUGCUAAGAAACUAGAACGCCUUCAGAACAAAAAAGACAGAGACGAAUCUCCGGAUAAAAAUGGUGAUGAUGAUGAUGACAAUAGUGAUGAAAAUGAUGAAGAUGAUCGUGAUGGUGUGGAAGAGGGUGAAUACCCAAGUCUGAGCAGUGUGGGAUCAGGAGGGUCAGGAGGCUCUGGGGGUGGCUUGCUCUCACCUCGUUGUGAUGGAGAAGGGGAAGCAGAUGGCUUUGGUGGCUCACCAUCCCUUGCUACUAGCAUGAGCAUGGUGGAUCAGGUACUUAGCAAUGGUGCCAUGGACCGAUUAGAGAAGAUUGAUAGACUAGAAGCAAUAUUAGCAGCAGCUACACAAGUUUCUGAUCCAUCAUCUCCUGUAGGUACAAAUAGCAGCUCAACUGCUCCAUGUUGCUGUCCUUGUCAUGGAUAUUCUCAGGGAGUUUCUGUCUCUCCCCAGACUUCCCCCCCACACUCCUUUCAUAGUAAUGUGCCCCCUGUGUCUACACUAUCCAAUAAAGCUGAUGCUCAGUGCCAGACUCUCAGUACAGGCGAUAUUGUGAUCACCAAAGUGUUCUUCCCAGAUAGUCCUGACAAUGUUAAAGAUAAAAAAUAACAAUAUUGUACAGUGUGUAUAUAGUUUUGUAUAUUUUUAAUUCUUCUUGAGAGUGUGGUUAUGACCACAGUGUGAUAGUUAGAUGGUACCGAUUGGCGGCACCUGUGAUAGCAAGCCCAUGAUGGGUUCAAGCAGCUAGCUAUAGGGUAAUUCACCUACUUUAGGUAUUUUAUCAAAAGACUGACGUCCCUUUAUUUUAUUUGGGGAGAAUGCUGUGUCUUAUGUAAAAUACCUUCUAAUGGUAAAGUAUCCUCAACUACCACCAGACAUCCUGGUGCAGAAACUAACUAAAGCUUUAAUACUACUCCCCAACACAAGUGACACUACCAAAGUAUUUUAUCAUUUUUCCAGGUACUUAUUUUGCCAGAUAAUUAUCAUUAUUAUUAUUGUAAUUCUUUUUAAUCUAUUGUUAUUAGGCACUUAUAAUAAAUUCAGCUUACUUCAAUGCUGAAGUACUGCUAGAGUUGGGAUGCUUUUUUAGGGUUGGGAGCAUAUCAUUAUCAGAUGCCUUCUCUUAGGUAUAUUAGUUUUAUUUUCAGUAACAGAAGAACUCAAUAAUAUUUCUAGAGAAAUAUUUCAUUGAGCAUAGCAGGUGAGGCCAGGUAAGACCCAGACUUACCUGAAAAUCCCACAGGAAGCCUUCACCCCUGCUCGCUAUAAAAUGAAAAAAAAAAAGAUACAUGUCUUUGAAGCUCUAGAUUUGUGUUUACAUCAGUUUUGUUUUUAUCCUGAACCAUGCACCGUAUUUUACAUUCCAACCAUUUUAGUAGCAUAAUGUAAAGAAAGAAGACCAAUACAAAUGCUAAACUAAGGUCAUAAACUACUGUCUCUGGGAAAAUGUGUAUGAUUCUUAUGAACUCUGUAGAACAAAGGUUUUGACUCAAAUGAACAUUGGUGUGUUAUUAAUAAAAUAUUUUUAACCAAGUU